UCCACCUGUUGCAGCGUUUGAGCUCAGGAGAAGGCAGCUCUGGGCACGGACUUCUGCUCCCAGCCCCACUGGGCAGGGCAAGGCCACUUGCGAAGAAAGGGGAGCCAGGGACCAUCCUGAACCUGUCCCACAGAGCAGGUGCGCUUGGGGAGCGGUCCGCCCUCGUGCUGCUGCGAAGCCUGUGUGCCCAGCAGAGAUCCGAGCCGGCUGAUCUGCCUCUUCGCACUGUCCUUGCUUCCUUGUGUCUGCCCCAAACCGGUUCCAGCCUCUGAGCCCUGGUUUUUCUAGUGGAUAGAGGCUCGGCGGAACAUUGUCACUAAUACGCAACACAGAUUCAGGGGAGACAGCCUAUAUCCCGGCCAUCACAGCUUGGAAAGCAAGGUUCCGGGGAACCCAGACCUUGAUGUUGAGCUUACCCGCCGAUUGUCUCUGGACCCAAGACCGUUCCUUCAAGAGGAGUUCAAGUUCCGGGGAGUUUGCCUUGAAGGCACACCACGCCCCCUCCCCAAUCUGAGCCGAAUUAGGAGCCUGGGUGAACUCGGGUCGCCCGCACCCUAGCACCAAGCCGAAGCAGAGACUCCGUACCCCGACCCUUAAGCCUUAAGGAGAACUCCAGAGCAGACGGAGAGGCGGCGGCGACAAAGCGGAUUCGAAACCACGAGUCCAGGCAGCAGCAGUGGGGAGCUGGCUUCGCAGGAACGACCGAGAAGGCGGCGGCCGGGAGAUCCACGCCGCCUUGGGGAGCGCGCAGCGGGCAUGGGCGAGCCCGCACGCAGAGCGGGCUAAAGUCGGCAGAGCAGAUCCUCUCAGGGGCGUGGGCACAAGUCCGCGGGCAGCGACCCUCGCGGGGUUGUCCUCCAGUGCCAUGGCUGGCCGCGGUUGCGGCUGCAGCCCCGGGCACCUGAACGAGGACAACGCGCGCUUCCUGCUGCUCGCGGGGCUCAUCCUGCUCUACCUGCUGGGCGGCGCCGCAGUCUUCUCCGCGCUGGAGCUAGCGCAGGAGCUGCAGGCCAAGCAGCGCUGGGAAGAGCGCCUGGCCAACUUCAGCCGGGGCCACAACCUGAGUCGCGAAGAACUGCGAGGCUUCCUCCGCCACUACGAGGAAGCCACCAGGGCGGGCAUCCGCAUGGACAGCGUGCGCCCUCGCUGGGACUUCACGGGCGCCUUCUACUUCGUGGGCACAGUGGUUUCUACCAUAGGGUUCGGGAUGACAACACCAGCCACCACGGGAGGGAAGAUUUUUCUCAUCUUUUAUGGUCUCAUUGGAUGUGCGAGUACCAUCCUCUUCUUCAACCUCUUCCUGGAGCGGCUGAUCACCGUCAUUGCCUAUGUCAUGAGAUCCUGUCACCAGCAGCAGCUGCGCAGACGUGGGGCGGUGACCCAGGACAGCGUGAAGGCCCCUGAAAAGGGCGUGGCGGACAGCCUGGCUGGCUGGAAGCCCUCAGUGUACUACGUCAUGCUGAUCCUAUGCCUGGCGUCAGUGGCCAUCUCCUGCGGAGCCUCGGCUCUGUACACCGCCAUGGAGGGCUGGAGCUACUUUGACUCGGUCUACUUCUGUUUUGUGGCUUUCAGCACCAUCGGCUUCGGGGACCUGGUCAGCAGCCAGAAUGCUCAAUAUGAGAGCCAAGGGCUCUACCGCUUCUUCAAUUUCUUCCUCAUCCUCAUGGGCGUCUGCUGCAUCUACUCCUUGUUUAACGUCAUCUCCAUCCUGAUCAAACAGACCGUGAACUGGAUCCUGAGGAAACUGGAUAGCGCGUGUUACCCACAAUGCCAAAGAGGACUCCUGCGGUCCAGGAGGAAUGUGGUGAUGCCGGGUAAUAUCCGGAACAGGUGCAACAUCUCCAUAGAGACAGACGGGGUGAUGGAAAGUGACACCGAUGGACGACGUCUCUCGGGGGAGAUGAUCUCCAUGAAGGACACCAACAAGGUGUCCCUGGCCAUCCUGCAGAAGCAGUUGUCUGAGAUGGCCAAUGGUGGACCCCACCAGGCCAGUGCAUCCUCCCGGGAUGACGAGUUCUCAGGGGGAGUGGGAGCCUUUGCAGUAAUGAACAACAGGUUGGCAGAGACCAGUGGAGAUAGGUAGGGACCAGAGGCAGCUGCUAGAUGAGGAAACCCAGGGCAAGUGAGGGAUUAGACAUUGUCACUCCACCACUGGUGAGUUCAGCUGAGGCUCUGGCCGUGGCAAUUAGCACCUCCAGCCCAGGUUUUGAAAUCUGACCUUGGCAUCGAGCAACAAGAGCCUCUCAAGGUCAAGGACUAAAGCCUCCGUCCCUGAUUCUUACUUUACUCUUGAAUUCCAAAUUUCACUUUUGGAAUUGCUGAGGGCCUCGCCUUCCUCCAGAGCUGUGAGAGCUGUGAUCAUCUGAGGGAGACAAGUCUCGGUCCAGCUUUAAUUUCACUACCAUGAUCCACCCGUGAUCCAUCCCUAGGGAGGGAAAGCCUCAGAAAGCCUGAUUCUGUCCUGGAGUGUGAAUGGUGACUGACCUUCCCCCAGCCUCUCAAGGAAAGGCAACGAAUAUUCCAGAACGUCUCUGGGCCUUCUUUGUGCUGGGCUUCCUUCCAAGCCUUCUGUUGUUGGUUCCAUUGACAGGGAAACGAUCAACUCUAUAUACCUGCUUCUCUGUUUGAGAGUCUUGGUUUUGUUUUGUUUCCUGUUUGACUAAUGUAUCUUUUGGAUCUUAACGUGAUAAGAAAACUAACUCCAUCUGCAAACCUUGAAGCUUGGCAGUGAGUCAAGGAGAAGGGAAACUCCAUCUUGUUACUAAAGCCCACAGCUUAACUGUGUUCUCUCUGAAUGGUUACGCGGAUUGUGUCACUUUACCAGGGCUUGGGGCCUGUUGUAGAGGCAACUAUUUAUUGGAACUGAAAAUUUAAUAAAUUCUCCUUUUGUUAACUACGA